CCUCAGUCUGGUGCAACAGCUGCGAGGCGGCAGUGGGGAGUUGAGAAAAAGGGACAGAAAUAAGAUCUCUCCAAGCUAAACCAUAGUUGUGCACUUGCUUAAUUUUUCUUAUUCUUUUAUUUUUUUAUUUUUUUGAAAACACUCCUUUGUUAACUAGCUUUUUCUUCUUUUCCACAAAAUGACUGGUAGCCCACUCAUAGGGUUACUGGUUGCGCUGUGCGUAAGUAGCGCUGUCUAUGGCUUGCCAAAGAAGAGCAAAAGACAAUCUGGACAGUUGCAGAUGUAUCCUGAGCUCCAUGAUGCAGCAGUCGUCAAUCCAGUCGGCUGUGAGGAAAACGGUCGCUCAUUCAGACUGAACGAGCAGUGGGAUAAACCCUACCUUGGUAGUACACUGGUGUGCACCUGCAAUGGAGCAGCAGGCAUCCAAUGUAAAACUAAACCUGAAGUGGAGGAGUCCUGUUAUGAUAAGUACAAUGACCGGACAUACCGAGUCGGUGAAACCUACGAGAGACCAAAGGACGGAAUGAUGUGGGACUGCACUUGUAUUGGUUCUGGUCGGGGCAGGAUCAGCUGUACCAUUGCGAAUCGUUGCCAUGAAGGUGGGAGGUCUUACAAAAUUGGGGACACUUGGCAGAGAUCUCAUGACAGGCUGGAGUGUGUGUGUCUUGGAAAUGGCAAAGGAGAGUGGACUUGCAAACCUCUGGCUGAGCGGUGCUUCGACUCUAGUACUGCAUCGACAUACCUUGUUGGGGACACCUGGGAGAGACAGUACCAAGGCUGGAUGAUGCUGGACUGUACCUGUCUGGGAGAGGGAAAUGGACGCAUCACAUGCACCUCAAGGAACCGCUGCAAUGACCAGGACACCAGGAGGUCCCACCGUAUUGGAGACACAUGGACUAAGAAGGACACAAGUGGAAACAUUUUGCAGUGUCAGUGCUUAGGAAAUGGCCGUGGAGAGUGGAAGUGUGAAAGACACAACGCAGGCCGAAGCGCUCUCGUGGUAACCCCCACCAAUUCACGGACUCAGCUGCACACAGGUCUCCUCAACCAGGGUACAUGCCGCACAGACUCUGGAGUCACCUACUACGACGGGCAGCGCUGGUUCAGAAGUCAGGGCAGAAAGCAGAUGCUCUGUACCUGUCUGGGCAAUGGAGCCAGCUGUCAGGAGUGGGAGGCCUGGAGCCAGGUAUAUGGUGGCAACUCUAAUGGCCAACCGUGUGUGUUCCCGUUCGUCUACAUGGGAAAGACCUACUACUCCUGCACCUCAGACGGACGCACAGAUGGGCAGCUCUGGUGCUCUACAACCUCAGACUAUGAAAAAGAACAGCAGUACUCUUUCUGUACCGAGAAGAAUGCCAUUGUGACAACAAUAGGUGGAAACUCCAAUGGCGCUUUGUGCCACUUUCCCUUCCUCUACAGUGGCCGCAACUACACUGACUGCACCACUGACGGGCGCCGUGAUGGCAUGAGGUGGUGUGGUACCACUCACGACUACGACACAGAGCAGCACUUUGGGUUCUGCCCCAUGGCUACCCAUGAGGAGUUAUGUACAACCAACGAUGGAGUGAUGCACCGUGUAGGCGACAAGUGGGACAAACGCCAUGAUGUCAUGGGUCACAUGAUGGAGUGCACAUGCCUGGGCAACGGCCGUGGGGAGUGGAACUGUGUUGCUCACUCACAGCUGCGAGAUCAGUGCAUUGUUGAUGGCUUGUCCUAUGAAGUAAACCAGGAAUUCUCCAAACUCCACAACGAAGGCUAUAUGAUGAACUGUACCUGCUAUGGACAGGGACGUGGACGCUGGAAGUGUGACGCUAUUGAUCAGUGCCAGGAGCCACAAACCAGGGCGUUCCAUCAGAUUGGUGAGACAUGGGACAAAGUCAUCCGCAACAUCCAUUACCGCUGUUAUUGUUAUGGUAACGGGAUUGGAGAGAUAAGAUGUGAACCUCUGCAGAGCCACGAAGAUGGCCACAGACCUGUCCAGGUGAUCAUCACAGAGGCAGGAAAACAGCCAGACUCCCACCCCAUUCAAUGGAGCCCCCCUUCAACUGUUCAAAUUAUCGAGUACAUUCUCAAAUGGAGAAUUAAAAAUGCCCGUGACUCCUGGAGAGAAGUCACUAUCCCCGGCAAUCUCAACUCCUACACCAUCAGUGGUCUGCGUCCAGGCAUCACCUAUGAGGGUCAGUUGAUCAGCAUCUUUCAAUAUGGACGCCGUGAGGUCACACGCUUUGAUUUUACCACUACCCAAGGGUCUUUGGAAACAUCAGAGGGAGAGACAACCCAGCCUGUUCCAGAGGUAGACACUUCUGAGUCUGUGACAGAAAUCACCUCAAACAGUUUCGUUGUGUCCUGGACAUCAGCCUCUGCUACCAUCUCUGGCUUUAGGGUGGAGUAUGAGCUCAGUGAGGAAGGUGCCAAGCCGAAAGUCCUGGAUGUUCCUCGCACAGCCACCUCUGUCACCAUCGCUGACCUCCUGCCAGGACGUCGAUACAACGUCAAUGUCUACGAGCUCCCAAAUCAGGGACAACCAAACCUCAUUUUGUCUACCACCCAGACUACAGCUCCUGACUACCCUGCCCAGCAUGCAGUCGAUGAAGUGGGAGAGACAUCCAUCCGAAUCAGCUGGUCCAGGCCUCAGGCUCCUAUUACUGGUUACCGUGUGGUGUACACGCCGUCAGUGGAAGGCAGCAGCACUGAGCUGACCCUGCCACAGUCAGAGACCUCAGUGAACCUGGGUGACCUUCGCCCUGGUCUACUUUACAACAUCAGCAUCUACGCUGUGAACGAGGACCAGGAGAGUGAGCCUGUUUUUGUACAGGUCAACACCGCCGGAUCUCCUCUACCAGAGGAGGUCCUGGCGCCCACAGACCUGCAAUUCAACGAGGUGUCAGAUGUGAAGAUCACCAUCACCUGGAUCGGUCCACCUAGUGAAGUGACCGGUUACAGGGUGACCUUCUCCCCUGUUGGUCCUCACGGCACUGAGACAAGGCCGAUGCAGCUGUCCAUCUCACCCAACGCAUAUGCUGAAAUCAACCACUUGGAGCCGGGCACACUCUACCGCUUCUACAUCUAUGCCAUCAAUAGUGGAGUUGAGAGCAAGCCUCUUGUGGGAGAAAAGUCUACCAAACCUGAUUCACCCACCAAUGUGCAUUUCACUGACAUUGGCCCAGACAGUGCACUUGUUAUCUGGGAGUCUCCCCGCGCCAUUGUCAGUGGCUACCGUCUCUUCCUGAGUAUCGAGGGCUCCAACCCCAUCGAGAAGAGGAUCCCGGGCAGGGUCACUCAGUACCCUUUGAGGAAUUUACGUCCAGACACCCAGUACACUGCCACCCUGCAUUCUGAGCUGGACAGUGAGCUCAGCGAGGGCGUCACUACAUAUUUUACCACCGCUCCCCAGAGGGGAAUUGCACCUGCUUUCAGCACUGAGGUCACUGAUACCUCUAUCAUUAUCACCUGGAUACCUGUCCGCAGAUUCAGCUACAAGCUGUCUGUGCUUCCCAGCCAGGAAGGCGAGUCUCCCAGAGAAGAGACCUCUGACUCUGGACGCAUUUAUAUUCCUGGUCUGAUUCCAGGAACUCAGUACACCUACAGUGUUCAGCCUAUCUUCAACGGACGCAACAGUGGAAACCCAAUCACCCGCAACGUUGUCACUUCCCUGUCUCCUCCCACUAACCUCAGAGUGGAGUCCAGCCCCGACACAGGACGUCUAACUGUGCACUGGGUAGCCUCCAAAACACCAGGCAUCACAGGUUACAGAGUGACAAGCAACCCAACUAACGGCCAGCGAGGAAUCACCCUGGAAGAGAUUGUCCGAGCUGAUCAAACCUCAUGGUUGAUAGAGAGCCUGAGUCCUGGGGUUGAGUACAACAUCAGUGUCUACACUACAAAGGAUCAUUUGGAAAGUGUACCUGUGUCCACUAUUGUCACACCAGCCAUUCCUGCUCCCACCAACCUUCAGUUUGGAGGAGUGGGUCCUGACCACAUUAGGGUGACAUGGACAGUCCCCCAUGUUGCCACAGCAAGCGACAUCUCCCGGUUUGUCAUCCGUUACCACCCUGUAGCCACAGACGACGAUGUCAAGGAAGUUAAUGUUGGCGGAGCAACCAACACUUUCCUGCUGCAGAACCUGCUGCCCAACACUGAGUACCGUAUCAGUAUUGUGUGUGUGUACGGUGAACAAGAAAGUCAGCCUGUCACAGGGACUCAGAGUACAACUCUGGACUCCCCCACUGGCUUGGACUUCUCUGACAUUAGCACCAACUCCUUCACCAUUCACUGGCUGGCUCCAACUUCUGCUAUCACCGGCUACCGCAUCCGUUAUCAGAAGACCAGUGGUGGGCGGGCAAAGGACGAGAGGCUGCCCCCAACCAGGAACCACUUCACUUUGACUGGACUGACACCAGAGACAGAGUAUCUGAUAUAUGUGUAUGCUGUCAACAACAAUCAGGAGAGUCAGCCUCUGACUGGCACUCAGGCCACCAUCUCUGAUGCUCCUACUGACCUGGAGGUAACAUCGUCCACCCCCACCAGCAUCACCAUUCGCUGGGAUGCCCCCUCUGUCACAGUGAAGAACUACAGGAUCACCUAUGGAGGAACAAGUGGCGAGACUCCUCAAGAGUUCACACUCCCAGGCACUCAGACCACCACCACCAUCACUGGUCUGAAGCCUGGUACUGACUACACCAUCACAGUCUAUGCUGUUACCGGAAGAGGGGACAGCCCAGCCUCCAACACCCCGGUCUACAUCACGCACAAGACUGAUACCGAGCCCCCAACUGACUUAAAAUUGACUGAUGUGAGUGACAAUGCUAUCACAGUACGCUGGUCUCCUGCUCAGGGACCAAUCAGAGGUUACAGAGUAACCAGUGUCCCCAAGAAUGGCCUGGGACCCUCCUACUCUGAGGUGUUGGCCCCUGAUCAGACAGAGAUGACGUUCACAGGUCUGAUGCCAACUGUUGAGUAUGUCGUGAGUGUCUAUGCUCUGAGCAGUGAUGGACAACCCUCUUCCCCUGUGGUGGAGAAUGCUAUCACUGCUAUGGACCGUCCCAAGGACCUGACCUUCUCUGACAUCGAAUCCACCUCCAUGCGUAUCACUUGGGACAGUCCAGAGGGCACGGUGACAUCAUACCGCGUCCUGUACUCCAGCUCAGAGGAGGGUGAGAGAGAGCUGCAUGCAGCACCCAGAGGUGACCGGGACAGUGUGGUGCUGAGAGGCCUUCGCCCUGGGACAGAGUACACUGUUAAAGUCAUCGCCCUGCAUGACCGCACACCUAGCACACCGUUGGUGGGAACCCAGGCCACAGUAAUCCCUUCUCCAACCGGCCUGGAAAUCUCAGAGAUCGGUCCCUCCUCCUUCACUGUGUCAUGGCAAGCCCCCAGUGCACGCCUGACAGGCUAUCGUGUGAUCGUCAGCCCCAAGAACAUCAACAGCCCCAGCAAAGAGAUGAACGUUGCUCCACACACCACACGUGUCGUUGUACCAGGGCUCAUGGUGGCAACCACAUACCAGGUACACGUCUACGCUCUGAAGAACUCUGUCAGCAGCAGACCGCUUGUGGGAGAGACGACCACACUGGAAGAUGUAAGUCCUCCUCGCCGUGUUCGUAUCUCUGAUGUGAAGGAUACUUCUUUCACACUGACCUGGCGCUCCAAGAUGGAAACCAUCACUGGUUUCCUUAUUGAAGCCACACCCAUCAGUGGCUCACGCCCCACUUUCAGCAGGACCAUCCCACGAGAAACAAGCACUUACACUCUCACAGGUCUGCAGCCAGGCACCACAUACUCUGUUAGUCUGUAUACUCUGAAUGGCAACACAAGGAGCGCUCCGUUUACUCUCAUGAUUAAAACAGAGGAACCAGUGGUCCAGGCUCCCACCCACCUCCAGUUCACAUCUUUGACCCCGACCUCCAUCACCUUCACCUGGCAGCCACCUGCCACACAGAUCACAGGAUACUACAUUACCUACGAGGAGUCAGGAAGAGAACCACUAGAGCUCAUUCCACGACCCCACACCGGCCAAACCUAUGCCACCAUCUCAGGCCUGAGACCAUCCACUGAGUACAUCAUUAGGAUCGUUGCCAUCCAGAACUCACAGAGGAGCGCACCUCUGGUGGGCAAAAUCAGGACUCAACCAGGCUCCUUGCUUCCCCUGCCUCUGCCCAACCGCCCUGGAGGUGUUGAUGACAGGCUGGAUGUGCCUGAAACUGAUUUGGACAACAGAGUUCAGGUAGUGGGCAAUAGUGGCGACGAUGGGCUUGGUGGUCAGAGUCAGCAUGUGGAGUACAACAACGGUGGCGACCCACAGUAUCGUGAGCCCCUGGUCUUUGUGCCCCUUCCUGAUGCAGAGGGCCGCAGAUUGCCUAUUGUAAAGCUGAACGUGCCCAUCGGCUCCACGUUCGGUAACGAAACAGGAAUACCACAGGAGGCCCAAACUCGGACCUCCAUCUCCUGGAAGCCUUACAAGCAGAGUAACGCCUACCUGGUGUCCUGCCAUCCUCUCACGCAUGUAGAUGAGCAGAUGUUCCAGGUUCGCCUGCCAGGCACAGCUACCACUGCCACCCUGAUAGGACUUACCCCUGAAGCAAACUAUAAUGUGAUUGUGGAGGCUCUGAUGGGUAUGCUCAAACACAAGGUUCUGGAGCAGGUCAUCACUGCUGGAAACACAAUCCCAGAGGGAGUGCCGUCCACUAAGGACUCAUGUUAUGAUGCCUUUACUGCAACCUACCAUGAUGUUGGUGCUGAAUGGGAGCGGAUGUCUGAGACAGGCUUUAAGCUCUGGUGCAGGUGCCUGGGCCUGGGCAGUGGCCACUUCAGAUGUGAUUCAUCUAAGUGGUGCCAUGACAAUGGCAACAACUAUCGCAUUGGAGAAAAGUGGGACCGCCGUGCAGAAAAUGGUCACUUGAUGAGCUGCACUUGCUUGGGAAAUGGAAAAGGAGAGUUCAAGUGUGAACCACAUGAUUCGGUGUGCUAUGAUGACGGCAAAACGUACCAGGUGGGAAACCAGUGGCAGAAGGAGUACCUGGGUGCCAUCUGCACCUGCACAUGCUUUGGCGGACAGCAGGGCUGGCGAUGCGAGAACUGCCGCAGACCAGGUGCUGAUGUCGAUGCCAGUCUGCUGCAGCCUGUUAGAUAUGGAGACAACUCACUACACAAAUUGAAUAUUCAUUGCCCCAUUGAGUGCCUCCGACCCGACCUGCUGGCAGACGCACAUGCUCCUCAAAAUCGUCGGGAGUAAAGGAUCGAUUGUCUGACAUCUGCUUUUCUCCCUUACCGUUCAACUGCUACACUGUCUCACCCUCUAGAAGCCAUGCUGUCUGUGAUUGAACUGAACUAACUUCCUUAUCACUUUCUGACACAUUUAGCUAAAGAUGUUUAUGCAUAAGAUGCCCUGCUGCCUGAUCAAAGCAACCCUCUUCUAAAAGCCUGUCUUUUCACCCCUGACUGUCACGUCUCUACAUGCUCUAUUGGAAAAUGCAGACUCCGGCCAUUACAUUUCCCUCCACAUACUUGGGUAUACCUCAAUAGAAGUUAUUUAGGACUUGUCACCAGUCACAUUUAUAUACUUGUCAAAUUGGCAUUUGUUUUCCAUUGAAAUAUUCAUAAACAUUUCCUAAUCAAAGAGCUGAAACUGUCAGAAAGUAAGCACUGUUUUAAAGAAUGUUAUUGUAGUUAUUAACAAUGUUGUUUAACUUGUCCAUGAAAAUGUGCUUCUCUUUUCUGUAGCCUGUGUGAUUGACACAUUCUGAAUUCUAAUGUCUUUUUACUAAUUUAUCCCUUCAGUCUCAACGUGUGAAUGUGUGAACUGGGAUGUGAGAAUUUGAACUGUUCUAUUUUUGUACUUGUCGCCCAUGCCAAAGUUUCUACCUUUGAUGAAAAGAAGUCCAUUAUUUUAAUAAAGCUGGAGAGAUCCUGAAACCUAA